UCCUCCUGUCGGGCUCCUGUCUGCUCCGGCACGGCACGGCACGGCCACCGCGCCGGGAGAAGCGUCAGAGCCGAGGCGGAGACGCGCAGAGCCGAGGCGGAUACGGUUCGUCCGCGGUCCCGGUGGAUUUUACUGGAGCGUCCGGUCUCGGAGGAGGGACAGCGGCACCGGUGGAGCCGCCGCAGCCGCAGAGAGGUCAGCGGAGGAGCGGAGGAUUAAGACGGACAGACGCACCAGGACCCCGCCCGGACCGACCGCACCGGAACCGACACACCGACACAGCUGUCACCCAGAGAUGCCGAGGAGGGAGAUGAGGCGAGACCUUUCAGACGGAGAAUGAAUGAAACCGUGGCGUGAAGGAAUACGAGAACCACAGACGAAGAAGGAGGAGAAGAAGAAGAAGGAGUAGGAGGAGGAGAUAAGGCAGUCAGAGGGAACAAAAGGAGAUGUGAGGCUGUUGGAUGAAAGACGAAGGAAAAUGUACACUGAGUCCUGAACGAACGGAGGAAGGACCAGAAGACGGAACUGGAUGGUCUCCACGGCGACAGUGAGCAGGUUACCGCCCCCAAAAGAUGGCCUCCAACUUCAACGACAUCGUCAAACAAGGCUACGUCCGCAUGCGCAGCCGCAAACUGGGGAUCUAUCGGCGUUGUUGGCUGGUGUUCAAGAAGUCGUCCAGUAAAGGACCGCGACGUCUGGAGAAAUACCCCGAUGAGAAGUCUGCCUACAUCAGAGCCUGUCCCAAGGUGACGGAGAUCAGCAAUGUCAAGAAUAUCACACGGUUGCCACGGGAUACGAAGAGACAAGCAGUGGCCAUUGUGUUUACGGACGACACCUCGAGAACCUUCACCUGUGAAUCAGAGCUGGAGGCAGAGGACUGGUUCAAGACUCUGUCCAUCGAGUGUCUGGGUACGAGGCUCAAUGACAUCAGCAUGGGGGAGCCAGACCUGCUGGCAGCCGGAGUCCAGUGUGAACAUACAGAGCGUUUUAAUGUCUUCCUCCUGCCCUGUCCUAACCUGGACAUCUAUGGUGAGUGUAUGAUGCAGAUCACCCAUGAGAACAUCUACCUGUGGGACAUCCACAACCCUCGCACUAAACUGGUCACAUGGCCUCUGUGUUCGCUGCGGCGCUACGGACGAGACGCCACACGCUUCACCUUUGAAGCCGGACGGAUGUGUGACAGUGGUGAAGGCCUCUACACGUUCCAGACCAGAGAAGGAGAACAGAUCUACCAGAGGGUUCACUCAUCCACACUGGCCAUCGCAGAGCAGCACAAGAAGGUUCUGAUGGAGAUGGAGAAGAACAGCAGGUUACUGUCCAAGGGCUCUGAGUCGGGCUCCUACCCCUGCACCCCCACCGCUAUCCUGCCCCGCUCCGCCUACUGGCACCACAUCACUGGGAACCAGUCUGGGGACACGUCAGAAGACGACCUGCUGUCCACACGCCUGCCUCCGGACCGCCACGCCACGCUGCCCCUGUCCAACACGCAUGCACAGUCGCAGCCGCACAUACACACACACACACACUCCCCGACACACUACCCCACGUACCCCGGACAGUGACACACAAACUCAUUUAUACAGCCAGACGGGGACACUUGAAGACUUGGACAAUGAAAAAGAAGCGGACAUCACCACGUGCAUGCAGGCGAAUAUGAUUUACACCCCAGGACACACGCCAUCUUCGGUUUUACUUUACAUUGAGCUCCCAACGUUACGCCUCACAGAUGUUUGAGUCAGGAAUUAGUCUGAGACAGACGGGGACACCGAGAGUAGACGUCCACAAAACGGGAACACUCACACACUGGGAAACUGCACCGAAGUGUAGCGGAGUCUGUCGUACGAUGUGUCCUCGAAGACACAAAUGUCCAACUCGUAUUAGUUCAGGUUCCACAUUCAACCCAGUUCAAUCCAAAGUGGAUCAGAUCAGUAAAAUAAUGAAUGAAAAUAUUCACAUUUAUAAACUAUCCAAACAAAAAGAUGAAGUUAACCUGAAAAAACUGAAAUUUCUCAAGAAAAAACAAGUGCAAUUUUAACAAUAUUAUGCCUCAACUUAUCAUUUAUACAUGUACAGGCAGAACGUCGGUAAAACUACACUUAAUGAACAUUUAAUGAACACAUUUAUACAUUCCAUUACAGUAUAAACGUGUAAAUAUGCCAGAGUUAGCGUCAGUGCUAAUUUUUAUCCGCAGUCCCCACUGAAUAAAUAAAGAUAUAUAAUAAUAAUACAAAAUGCACCAUAUUGUCUAAUGUUUUUUCUAAAUGUAUAUUGUACAGUUUUAUGAAUGUGACUGCUGUUGUAUUAAUGUACAUGUUUCCUGUUUUAAGGGCGACUCUAACAGAUGAAAAAUAGCCAUUUGACUAACUCUGGUACAGUUACAGUAAUGUUGAUGAAUGUACACUGUCCCUGUCAAAUAAACUAAUAAAUUAAAUUAAAUUAAAUUAAU